AGGAAGCAGCGAUCACCCGGUGAUUGAAUGCGGAGACGGACGCGCAGCGAGUGGGAGCGUCUCCGUGGUUUCUACCACCGUUUUCCCAUUGAGCAACAUCAAGGGAAGAAAUAUACUUUGAGAUCUAAGACACGCAUCCAUCAACAAUCGCGGAAGGCACACAGGUUGUAGCACAAAAUCGGCUACCGCUCGAAAGUCGCUUGAUUCUUUCGCGUCCGGUGAUCUAGAGCUGCAAGGGCGCCCGUGUGGUUUUCGGGGAGUAUUUUUUGCUCUUGCAUGCUGAAACCGUGCAUAUUUUAUAUUUUAAUUUUGACGCCGUUCUAAGGAUCAGUGCGAAGAUGGGGUGCACAUUAAGCACGGAGGAUAAGGCGGCUGUGGAGCGCAGUAAAAUGAUCGACAGGAAUCUUCGGGACGACGGAGAGAAAGCCGCAAGGGAGGUCAAGUUACUCCUCCUCGGUGCUGGGGAGUCAGGAAAAAGCACAAUUGUCAAACAGAUGAAGAUCAUCCAUGAGGCAGGGUACUCAGAGGAGGAGUGUAAGCAGUACAAGGCCGUGGUCUACAGCAACACCAUCCAGUCCAUCAUCGCCAUCAUCCGCGCCAUGGGCCGCCUCAAGAUCGACUUCGGAGACCCCGCUCGCGCGGACGACGCGAGGCAGCUGUUUGUCCUGGCUGGCUCGGCAGAGGAGGGCUUCAUGACGGCGGAGUUGGCGGGGGUCAUUAAGCGCCUGUGGAAGGACGGGGGGGUGCAGGCCUGCUUCAGCCGCUCGCGGGAGUACCAGCUCAACGACUCCGCCGCAUACUACCUGAACGACCUGGACAGGAUAGCCCAGGCCACCUACAUCCCCACCCAGCAGGACGUCCUUCGCACCCGAGUCAAGACCACCGGCAUCGUGGAGACGCACUUCACCUUCAAGGACCUGCACUUCAAGAUGUUUGACGUGGGAGGUCAGAGGUCCGAGAGGAAGAAGUGGAUCCACUGCUUCGAGGGCGUCACGGCGAUCAUCUUCUGCGUGGCUCUGAGUGACUACGACCUGGUCCUGGCGGAGGAUGAGGAGAUGAACCGCAUGCACGAAAGCAUGAAGCUCUUCGACAGUAUCUGCAACAACAAGUGGUUCACAGACACCUCCAUCAUCCUCUUCCUCAACAAGAAGGACCUGUUUGAGGAGAAGAUCAAGAGGAGCCCUCUCACCAUCUGCUACCCGGAGUACGCAGGAUCCAACACGUACGAGGAGGCUGCUGCCUACAUCCAGUGUCAGUUUGAAGACCUGAACAAGAGGAAGGACACCAAGGAGAUCUACACGCACUUCACCUGCGCCACCGACACCAAGAACGUGCAGUUCGUCUUCGACGCCGUCACCGACGUCAUCAUCAAGAACAAUCUGAAGGACUGUGGCCUCUUCUAGAGAGCGGGGGCGUUCGGGCAGUGAGAUGCGCUCGCUCUCUCACUCCCUCGCUCUCUCUCUCUCGCGGCUGGCGGGCCUCGUCCCACCUGUGGAAAGGGUGUAAAUAUGCGCGGUUGGCGAUGGUGGCGGUCGCGUGACCGCAGCCACGCUCUCUAACGCAGUGAUUGUGUGUGUGUGUGGGGUCAAAGGCCACGUUGAAGUGUGCUGAUCACUUGUACGUGCUUUGUGCACUUAUUACGUGUUUUUAACCGUAGAGGCUGUUUAACGUGUACAAAAAUCUAACCUUUUUUCACCUUGAUGAAUGCAGGUUUUCUUUUUCGCUAAAUUAUACAAAAGAGGGCAACUGGGAUCAUAUAUUCGUCUGAAAAAUAAGCAUCAGAUACAUGGCCCUGUUCUCAUUUGCAUUGUACAAUACCAAACACACAGAAAAGUGCAUUUCUUUAUAAUACAUAAAGGUUGAAAAAGGCUUGGUCCAGC